GGUACGGAGCAGAGCCCCGGGAGCAGGAGGUUCCCCGGUGCCGGUACCGGGCGGGACGAGCCGAGCCGCGGUUCCCCGGCGGGGGCGGGGGGAGCAGGACCCGGCCCCGGGCGCUGCCCCCGUUGCUCUCCGGCCUCCCGGGGCUCCCGCUCGUUUCGAUUUCGUUUUUGGCCGGGAUCGCGGCGCGGGGACGGGCGCGGAGCGCGGCGGGCUCCGCUCGCACCGGGCCGGCCAUGCAGGGCAAAGUGGCCAUCAGCUCCUCCAGCCCCGUGGUGGCCGUGUCAGUACCACCCUCAUCCCAGGCCAGACCCUCACCCAUCAACACUGGGCAGAUCUUCAGACUUCCAGGAAGGCUGAGAAUCCAGCCCUCCCUGUGGAGCAAGGACGAUGUGAUCCACUGGCUGCGAUGGGCUGAGAGGGAAUAUUCCCUGCGGCCCACUGAGCAGAGCAGGUUCGAAAUGAACGGCAAAGCCUUGUGCAUCCUCACCAAGGAGGACUUCAGGCACCGAGCUCCCAGCUCAGGGGACGUGCUGUAUGAAAUCCUCCAGUUCAUUAAAACAAAGAGAAGAGCUCUGGUGUGCAGCCCCUUGCUGAACUCACCCUUCAGGAAAGCCAGGAGCACAGAGGAAGGUGCAGACUGCAGUGCUGAGGCUGCCCCAGCUGUUUCCUCGUGGCUGGGCUGUGCAGAGCAGCCCCUGUUCCACAGCCACAGGCAGCCACUGAACCUCUCCCACCACAGCUCAGAGAGUCCAGGUGCCAUCUGCUCCUUCCCUGCUACCCUGUCGGCCCCAGUGGAUGGGAAAAUUGCAGACUGCAGGCUGCUCUGGGAGUACGUGUACCAGCUGCUGGCCGACCGCCGCUACGAGCCCUACAUCAGGUGGGAGGACCGGGAGGCCAAGGUGUUCCGCAUCGUCAACCCCAACGGGCUGGCCCAGCUCUGGGGCAACCACAAGAACCGGAUGAACAUGACCUAUGAGAAGAUGUCACGAGCUCUCAGACACUACUACAAACUCAACAUCAUCAAGAAGGAGCCAGGGCAGAAGCUGUUGUUCAGGUUUUUGAAGACUCCUGGGGAGGCUGUCCAUGAGAAAUCCAGCAAACUGGAGCAGCUGGAGAAUGAGGACCAUGAAGAUGUGAAGGAAGACCCAGUGGAGGUUUCAGCACAGUAAAUCUUUGGAGGCCUCACUUGAGAGCAUCACAGGGACCCUUGUGCUUUGCUGGCAGUGCUGGUGUCUCCUGCCUCUCCUGCACAGAAGGCCACAGAGCUGGCCUGGAUUUCCAAGCCUGCUGUGAGCCAAACUGGGCCAUCUCUGGGGUUUUGUUAGCAAAGCACACCCAGAAGGUGCCCCCAGCCCCAAAGCACAGGGGGAUGUGUGGGCUGCUCCUCUGCUGGCUCCUCUCCUGCUCUUUGGAAGGAAAUGUGAUAUUUUUGCUGUGAAAUUUUGAUGCUUGUCUUUAAGGUCCAAACCUGUGGAAAGGAUCCCUCUGUUCUCCCAGGGAGAUGAGCAGAGCAGGAGUUUGGGCUGAGCAUCUGCUGCUCUGCUUGGGCAGUGGGAGCUGUGCCAGCUGUGAGCGAGGGCACUUUGCAAACCUGGUGCAUGCUGCAAUCUCUGCUCCUGUGAGGCUGCUCCUGGGAUUGAGGUCAGGAUUGUGCUGAAACACCUGCCUGGAUCAGGCCUGGCUGCAGCUCCAUGGUUGCCCAUAGCUGGUAUUCACUUUAACUCCUUUCUCUCCAGGUAACGACUUCUGUAAUUAAUUUUGUGAUUAAAUAAUGUGAAAAGAAACGAAGCCAGUAACAAAUAUGACCCCACCCAUGGUCAGAUAUGUGAUUAUUUGUUUUGAGUUUGAAGCGGGAAUACCUGAAGCGAGCAGAGUGUCUGUAUGUGAGUGUGUGAAAACAGAAAAUACCCACGACUAUUUUCACUUUGCUUUCCACAGAGGAAAUAAAAUGCUGUGACUGUAA